AUGGCAUCUCGUGGCGACGCGCACACGUUGGCGCUCUCCAGCCACCUCAUGCCGUCGAUCCCCGGCCAUGGCGGAUCCUUGGACGACUGGGAUGAUGAGGAAGCGCGCGAGCAGCUGGAGGUGCUGCUGUGGCUCGUGGGCAGCGGCCCGGAGCCCAGCCACUGUCGCCAACCGCCGGUCGCGGCACCCCAGAUGAGCAUCUCCGUGCGAGAUCUGGCCGGCAACCACGUGCGGGUGAAUGCGGAGGCCCAGAGGACGGUGGCCGAGGUGAAGGCCUGCGCGGCGUCGGCCUUGGGCGGGGACCCCGCGCUCCAAGUGCUGGCGGUGGCGGGAGAGAUUCUGCAGGAAGCCAUGCGGCUGCAGGAUUACGGCGUGGCCGAGGGGUGCACCCUCUGCAUGGCCCCCUGGGAGGGCCACGCCGCCAAUGCGCCCCUGCUCCUGGAACCUCGUUUCCUGGCGCCCCAGCACGAUUUCGACCUCACCGGUGUACCGAACGACGGGGUGGCUCUGAGCCGCGGCGGGGAGGCGUACGUUCGACCCUUCGGCUGGCGGCGCCACGCGCUGGCCGUUGACGCCAAGUAUUCCGACACGACAUGGCUGGACGGGCGAAUGGCCGCUGGACAGUGGCCCGUGGGCUACCACGGAACCACGCUGCCUGCCGCGAGGGCGAUCGUCGCCCAGGGCUUCCGGCUGUGCAUGAGCCGCCGCGCCACGUUUGGCCUCGGGGUGUACACGACCCCUGACGUGGACUAUGCCGAGCGGUACGCUGAGGCGUUCGAGCAUGCCGGUAGGCGGUUCAAGGUGGUGAUCCAGGCGCGCGUGAACCCGGCCAAAAGGAGGCGCGUGGAGAGGCGCGAUCCCGCCACCGGCGCCGUGGCGAACAUAUGGGUGAACCCCAACGAGCGCGACGUGCGGCCGUACGGCGUCCUGGUGCGCGAGGUCUGA